CGGCGCCGAGCAGCGGCUCCCGGCGUGCCCCGCGGCGCGGCAUGGCGGCGUAGCGCGGGGGAUGUCGCUGCUGCGGCUGCGGCCCGCGUUGCUCGGCUCGGCCCCGCUGCGGGCCGCCGGGAGUGUUCUCAGGAACUACUCCUCCGCCAGCACCAAGGAGAAGGCAGCAAGAAAUGCCAUCUGUGAGAGGACAGAGCUGCUGGAAGUGCUGAAAGCCCGAGUGAAGCAGCUCCAAGCCAGUAACGUCCCGGAGGUGACAGUCAACAAGGUGGAGCUGGCGCCGUUGGGGAAUGACAAGUACCAGAAUCCAUUGCAGAAAGUAGUGGCCCCCGGCCCCACGGAGAAUCAGCCCGCUCCUAGGCAAAGGGAUGACAACUCGGCCUGGCCCAGUAGUUGGGUUGAGAAGUCGAAGAAAGAGAUGCACAUGCGACAGCUGAAGGUGGAGCGGAGGUUAUCUAUCGCUGCCCAGCUGGCUGCAGAGAGCAAGGUCAAAGCCAAGCGAGAGACCAAUGUGAAGACCAAAGGCAAGAAGAGCCUGAAGGCUAAAGAGGCUGCUGCCUGGAGCCACAGCCACGCUAGCCCCCAUGGCGCCUACACGUGCAGCAAGCCCAGGGUGGCAGCAGUGAACAAGAGUGCCAAAGCACAGAGGACUCAGCGGGUGCAGGAGGACGGGGAUGGCAACCAGUACAAGAUCCUGCAGCAGACCAUUCAGUCCAACCUGGAAUGCUUCCUCUUCUUGCAGCAGCCAGAGAAGGCCGAGAGGUUCCUUCUCUCGUACCAUCGCUCCCCUGUGAAGAGAAGGCUUUUGAAUGUCAAUGCAUACAACAUUGUGAUGCGGAGCUGGGCAAGAAAGGGACACUUGCUCCGCAUCAAGCGUCUGUUUUCCAUGCUGGCAUCCGUCGGCCUGCAGCCCAACCUGGACUCAUACGCAGCAGCGCUGGAGUGCCUGGGCCGAAACCCAUUGUCCACUGAAACCAUCCAGAGCUGGGUGCAGCAGAUGGAGAAUAAUGGCUUCCAUGUGGAUGAGCUCUUUCAAAAGUGCCUAUUUGAGGAGGAUGAGAAGGAAAAGGUGCUGAAGGCCAUCAGGAUUGUUCAGCCUAACUACCAGCUGCCCCCUCCAGCCAACCCCCAGAACUGCAAGUCUUCUCUGCUCCAGGACUUCUAUUUCAAAGAGAAGGUGGUGUCGUACCCCAAGCUGGAUUUCUCCGUUCAGGAGCUGCAGGAGCGCUUUCAGCAGCAGCUGGAAAUGGAGCUGGCCAGCACUGUAACCAUCGAGUCGGUGGAGUCGACCAAACCUCUCACCCCACAAGCCAUUAAAGCGCGCAAACUGCUGGACACACUUCGAUCCCGGUGGCACGACUCCAUCCUCCAGGCCCUGAAGAAGUCGAAGCACAGCAUGUCCAAGCUCAAGACAGCAUCAGGGUACAAGAUUCUCUACCCUUACCUGUGCCUGCUGCCAGAUAAGGAGUACGUGGCCAUCAUGCUGCAGAUCCUCAACACCCUCUCUCCACAAGGAGAAUCCCUGGCUGUCUUGGCCAGGGAGCUGGGCUCCAAAGUCUAUGACAGAUACAUCACCCAGAGGAAGCUGCGCAGCAGCCAUCUGGAGAAGGUGCAGGAGGUCUAUGAGGACUACAUCCACCUGUUGGCAAAGGACAGCCAGCCUGACAAUUACUUGCCACGAGAAUAUUGGGAGAAGCUGGUGUCAGAAGCAGGCUUCGGGCCUUCCCUCCACUUGAAGGACUGCAGCUGGCCGUACAUGCUCGUCAUGCGCCUGGGCAUGCACAUGCUGGAACUCCUGGUGCAGGCUGUCAAGGUGCCCAGGAACAUCCUCAAUCCUCGCCUGGAGCCCAAGCUCAUCCCCGUCCUCUACCACAUCUACUCCUUCCACAGCAGCUGGCAGGUUGGACUGGUGAAGCCUCAUCCCAUCUUCUCCCAGAUUGUGUCAGAUGCAGCGGAGACCAUGUUGACCUUCAAUUCCUCCGCCAUACCCAUGCUGUGCCCCCCGGUUCCCUGGACCUCACCCCACUUUGGUGCCUUUAUCCUGAGCGACACCAAGUUGAUGCGCUUUGUGGACGGGGCCAUCCAGCACCAGCUGCUCCUGGAGCAGUGUCCUCCGGUGAACCUCCACCCUGUGCUGGAUGCCUUGAACCAGCUGGGCAACUGCGCUUGGAAGAUUAACCAGCCGGUGCUGGAUAUCAUCAUCUCCAUCUUCAAUGACAAAGGCAAUGAGAAGCUGGACAUCCCACCACCCAUCUCGGAGGCCCCCAAGCCUUCUGUUGCUCCCAGUAGUUUCUCUACCUUGAACAAGUCCCAGAAGCGUGAGUUGUUGCUGUGCAGGAAGAAGGCGGCUGAAAUGCACAGCUUGCGCAUGGAUGCACUCUAUAAGCUUUCCAUCGCCAACUACGUCAGGGACAAAGUCUUCUGGUUUCCUCACAACAUGGACUUCCGAGGGAGGACUUACCCUUGCCCGCCUUAUUUCAACCACCUCGGUAAUGAUGUCACCCGUGCCAUCCUGCUCUUCGCAGAGGGGAAGCCGUUGGGACCCAGGGGCCUUGACUGGUUGAAGAUCCACCUCGUUAACCUCACGGGGCUGAAGAAGAAGAAUUCCUUGCAGGAGCGGCUGGAGUAUGCCAAUGAAAUCAUGGAGGAGAUCUUGGACUCAGCCGAUUACCCGCUCACGGGCAGGAAGUGGUGGAUGAACACCGACGAACCCUGGCAAGCCUUAGCGUGCUGUAUGGAAAUCGCCAAAGCCUCGAGGUCCCCGGAUCCAGCAGCCUACAUAUCUCACUUCCCGGUUCACCAGGACGGCUCCUGCAAUGGCCUGCAGCAUUAUGCAGCUCUUGGCCGGGACCUUAUUGGUGCCAUCUCUGUCAAUCUGAUGCCCUGCAGUGUUCCCCAGGAUGUCUACAGCGCGGUGGCCCAGCAGGUGGAAGAGUUUCGGAAGAAGGAUGCUGAACGAGGGGUGAAGAUUGCCCAGGUGCUGCAAGGCUUUGUCAGCCGCAAGGUGGUGAAACAGACGGUGAUGACAGUGGUGUAUGGUGUCACGCGCUACGGCGGGCGGCUGCAGAUAGAGAAGCGCCUCAAGGAGAUUGAUGAGUUCCCUGAGGAAUACUUGUGGGAAGCGUCUCAGUACCUUGUAAAGCAGGUGUUCAGUGGCAUCAAGGAGAUGUUCUCUGCCACCCGAGAUAUCCAGAACUGGCUGACAGAGAGUGCCAAGCUCAUUGCCCAGUCAGGACGGACGGUGGAGUGGGUCACACCGCUGGGUCUCCCUAUUGUGCAGCCCUACUAUCGGUCCAAGUCCACUGUGCUGAACUGCAGCAUGCAGAACUUGAGUGUGAAGAAUUCCAACAGCAGCCAGAAGCCUGACACAGUGAAGCAGAAGAAUGCCUUCCCACCCAACUUCAUCCACUCCCUGGACUCUACGCACAUGAUGCUCACGGCUCUGCACUGCCUCAGGCAGGGUCUGACCUUCGUCUCAGUCCACGAUUGCUACUGGACUCACGCGCUCACUGUGGAUGUCAUGAACCAGAUCUGUCGGCAGCAAUUUGUCGCUCUGCACAGCGAGAAGAUCCUGCAGGAUCUGUCCGAGUUCAUGCUGGAGAAAUACUGCAGCCCCGGCAAAGAGACUAGAGCCCUCUGGCAGAAGAAGCUGAUGGAGCAGCUCUCAAGUGUCCCCAAGACAGGUGAAUUCAACCUGAAGGAGGUGAUGGAUUCCACCUAUUUCUUCAGCUGAGCCCCGGCUGCCGGCGGAGCCCUGGACUACCUCCGGAAUGCCGGCUGCCUCAGUGGCUGCGGUGAGCACUGGCCUGCGAGGCUUCGCUGUCCUGCACCUCAUGGGGAAGGGGCACAACUGCCAGCCCAGCAGAAGGUACCUGCCCCACACCGACAUGCUGGGGCGAACUGGGACUGCAAGGAGCACAGGAACAGCCACAGGGGGCCAGUGGGGAACAGCAGGGCUGCCCUGUUGUCACUGCCUGUGUCCUAGGCAAGGGGAGAGGGCAUCGAGCCCUGGGGAAGGCUGCUCCUCGUUGUGGUGGGGUUGUAGGGAUGAUGGUGAACAUGGAUAACUCCCCUUGAUCCUCACAGCAUGCCUCCUGCUGCUCUGGGUAGUGCUGAUCCAGGGCUGCCAUCUCUCUUCUUCAACACUGCUCACCCCCGGAGGGGCAGGCAGCCGGCAGGGGUUGCAGCAGGAGCCUCCUGCCCUCGGCUGCGGGGUGGGUGCUGCUUUCCAGGCCCUGCUCUGCCUCCUGGACACUCACUGCUCUCCCAUAGUGCAGCCUCUGCUGCUCCCGAUUCAUUUCCAGGGAUUGGUUUCCUUUCUGCUCACUGGGUCUCAGUCAGGGAAAAACCACUGUCAGGGGGUUGGAGGUGUACGAUACUGUAAAUAAAACAUUUUUGAAAU